AUGAAGCUGCUCAAUGUUCUACUUGCUCUUCUUGGAAUAUACGGCACUUCCGCCGAUCUUUCCUACACCGACCGUAAAUGUGGCACAGAUUUGACGAACCUCUGGCUAGAUGUCGUUGCGGUUGUGGAUAACUCGUUCGGAAUGACUAAUGAAGGGUUGGAUACUGUCGCUGCCCACAUUGCUAGCGUAUUCAGUGGUGGCACACGGAUCGGCACUCAGUCUUCGGAACCACGGACUACGCGAGUUGGAUUAGUGACUUAUAAUGUGAAUGCUCAGCAGAAUGCGGAUUUGAACAAGUUUCAGUCCGUGGAUGAUCUUUAUAACAAUGUAUUCGCUGACUUGAAAACAGUUAGCACCUCGGCUCAAUCAUUCCUCUCAACUGGUCUCGCUGCCGCGGAGAGUCUCUUCGAGUACGAAAAUUUCGGCACCUCUCGCAGUCAUUAUAAGAAAGUUGUCAUAGUCUACGCAUCGACUUACGUUGGGGAGGGGGAGAUGGAUCCGUUGCCAGUUGCUAUCCGUCUAAAGACAUCUGGAGUCAAUAUCAUCACGAUGGCUUACGUUCAGAACGGUGAUGGAUUUAUGUUGAAGCAGUUGGCAGAGAUAGCGAGUCCACGGUUUAAUUUUAGUAGCACUGAUAAUAAUGGGAACACAGUUGGACAGGUGCAAUCAGCUAUGGCGGAAACCAACUGUUUCUGCCCAUCCGAUUGGAUACAAUACCGUCAAAACUACACUGACUACAACUCCUACCGCUAUGGUGUCUGUCUCCAAGCAGUUAGCCUAGCCGCCAACUGGCGCGCCGCCAAGAUGGCAUGUGCCAACCGAUGGACCAACUCCUACCUGGUCAACGAGUACAACCAACAGAAACAUUAUUACGUCUUGAACGUCGUGCAGAACUCCUCAGGAUUCUUUCAACCGUAUUCGUAUCAUAACGGGUUGAACAUGGUAGGCGGAGUCUGGAAAUGGGAUCAACCGUCUGGAUGGCCUCAACCGGCUCUUAAGAAUUGGUAUAACUGGGAUCCGGGGUACCCGAUCACCUCAUCCUCCCUGACUGCCGUGCUGAAUCAACAGAAUAAUGAGGAAGUGGCCACUGGAUGGCAGAAUAUUGAUUAUUAUAAGACUGCAGUUAAUUAUGUUUAUGUCGUUGCAGUUGUGGAUAAUUCUCAAGGAAUGAACAACGGCAAAUUGAAUGAGGUGGCUUCCAACAUUUUAAGCGUCUUCAUGUCCGGAACUCGAAUCGGAUCUGAUGCAAACGAGCCCAGAACCACUCGUCUUGGAUUAGUCACCUAUAACAAUGUCGCCACUCAGAAGGCAGAUCUUAAUCAAUACCAAUCGAUUGGUGACGCAGCCAACGGGAUAUUCGUUGCUCUCUCAACUGUUGUGGACACUACUGAUUCAUAUUUAGCCACUGGACUAACUUUGGCGGAGAAAAUGUUCAAUGAUCAGAGUGCCAACACUACUCGUGGCCACUAUAAAAGAGUAGUGAUCGUCUAUGCUUCGGAAUACAAGGGAGGCGGAGAGUUAGACCCUUUACCUGUUGCAAGUCGAUUGAAACUAUCUGGUGUCAAUAUAAUCACAGUUGCUUAUCCACAAUCGGGCGAUGAUGGACUUUUGAAAAGUCUUUCCCAGAUUGCAAGUCCUGGAUUCUCCUUUGUUAAUGAUAACGGUCAAGGCGGAAAUCUCGUUCAAAAAAUUCAAGGAUCACUCUUGCAGUCCAACUGUUUCUGCCCGAACGACUGGAUCCAAUACCGCGAAUCAUACUCUGAUCCCACCUCCUCCCGCUAUGGAGUGUGUAUCCAAGCCGUCACUAUUCCAGCUAGCUGGCUUGCAGCAAAACUCAGUUGCAGUAACAAACGGACCAAUUCCAAUCUAGCCACUGAAUUCAGCCAAGCCAAACAUGACUUCAUUUUCAAUCUUGCUCAAAACACCACAGGAUUCUCGCCGCCCUAUCAGUACCAUAUCGGAUUGAAUUAUGUCUCUUCUGGAUCCUGGGUGUGGACUCAACCAACGGGACGCCAACAGGUCCCACUUCAACAACCCUUCAUGUGGCUUUCCGGAUAUCCUAAACCGGCGUCUACUCAAUCUGCGGUGAUCAACCAUCAGAGUGGACAAGAAACCGGAUGGCAGAAUAUCGCCACGAUGACUGGCAGUUUUAACUAUGUCUGUGAGACCUACUCGUGUGAUACUGAUAACUAUUGCGAUGCUUAA